UACAUCCACCACCGAUCUUCCUGACCGUCUUACUUUCCUUCGAAUCCCAUUCCACUGUCCCAAGUCGCCAUCAGUGCCUCGUCUACAAAGACAAAUACGCGUCACCCGCCGAUCUAAACAAGCCCAGCUCUGCUCUCCACAGCACUUGCUCCCUCACCAUGGCGGUCCCCAGAUAUUGCCAUCAUUCGUUCAACCUCCUCAAGUCCGAGUCGACACUCAUCCAAUGGGUUUGCAGCAUGUGUCACAGCGGUCCUCACUGGCACAUUUUCGAGUGCAAGUACUGCAAGCUCAAGACUUGCCGACCUUGCACCAACAAAGUCUGACUUGCCUACCUUUGUCUCGGGUUACCUCAGAGCCCUAUUGCAAGGAGGGAAGAGGGCAAAUGGAAAAGCAAAGGAGAGAAAGAGGGAAUGGAUCUUCUUCUUGACAGCUC